AAGCCGCUUUUUAACAGAGGGAUCACUACACAGCGCCUAUUCAACUGGGUGGUUCAGAAAUCGCCACGCGGUGCCUAUCCAUGUAAUAACUAUUACAUUUUGCAGGUGGGAGGUGAAGGUUGAGGCUUGAGAACCCAGAGAAGAUGUCAAGAGAGCUGCUGUUUCUACACGGUCACCAUUAUCAAAUAUCAAGAAAACCAGUACAGGUCCUACGUUCUUGCAAUUUCGAUGGAACCUCCAGCUUCCAGUCUCGAUUAACAAUGGACCGCCCAGAAAGGCCAAUGGGGAGGAGUUCAUCACUUCAAUUGGAAAUGCUACCACAUUUGAGACCUAAAAAAAGUAGUGAUAGAAAAUCUGCGUCACUGACAAUAGCAGCAGCGGCAGCAGGAGGAGGAGGAGUGCCGCUGCCACCUCUUGAUUUGACAGAAGAAAAUAUUACGCAGGUCUUGGCUGAUGCUAGAGUCGAGUUUGGACAGCUUUUUGACACUUCAGUUGGUAUGACAGGACAAGCUGAACUUGCUGAAUUGGAUGGACCCUUUGUGAAGAUCAGACUCAAAGGUCGGUUUUGGCAUGAACGUGUCACGGUUCUGGCUAGACUUGGCAAUUAUUUGAAGCAAAGAAUACCUGAAAUUCUGGAGGUAGAUAUAGAAGACGAGAAACAGUUGGAUGAUAGCCCUGAGAAUUUUUGAGGUUACUCGGUGCCACCUGCAGGCUGCUGUGGUGACAAGAAUUGCCCACGAUGGAUUUAGCUCUUUUGAUAGUUUCAGCGCAGAUAUAAAAUUUUCAUUGUAUUCUUCACUUUAAAAACUGGAGCUUCGCCGAUGUAACGUAUCAUCAAGAAGGCAUCUUUUGCAAAGGAAGAACAUUAUCAAAUAUCAAUA